GGUUAAGGGAUUCCCUCUCUUCGCUACAGCUCGUUAGACUUCCGGGGUCAAAGUUAGCCGAGCUGGACCCGCUGAGGGAUGCAGCCAUGAAGGCUAACAUGUCCAACAGCCACUGUCUGAGGGGAAUAAUCACAGAGAAGCUGAGCAUGGCCGCCUCGGAGAUCCUAGCGGCCGUGGAAAGGACGCUGGCCGUGUACGAAGCGGAGGCUUCCGGCUUGAGGCAGGAGCUGCAGCUGGAGCGACAGAAGUGGCAGCCCGAGCUGUUCCAGCCCCGGGUGAAAGAGGAACCUUCAGAGUUCGAGAAUACCCAGCGCCUGGAAAUGCUCUCCUACACCGGGGGACUUGAGGUGGAGCAACACAUCAGCAAGCAAGAUCCUGAAUUCUCCUCAAGGUUAACGCCUUCAGCAGUUUUGACUGACAGGAUAAAUGUGAACAGAUAUCACGUCAGGAAUCUUGAAAACUAUGUAGACCUUAAGAUCUGCAUCCUGAAGGACUGGACCAUUGAGGUAGUUUCAGACCAAGUUGAUGAGGAGUACCCCGUUCAUGAGCUGCAGUGUUGUUCAGGCCUGCAGGAGGCCAACUUCUUGAACCUGCUGAGGUCCACCUUCCCUCAGCUGGCUUCUCACACACCCUUUGAGUCCUUUAUAACUGACAGUAGCAAAAGACUUCAACCUUUGAAGGUAGAGUCCUUUACACCGGAGCAGAUCUGCAGCGCUGCUGGGAGCUCUACCAUCUACAUCCGACUGAAGUGUCCAGUUGAGUACGAAGCAGGAAGUCAGCAGCAGCCUGUGCAGGUUAGUGAUGAUGACUUUGAAAACGACUGCUAUAAUGAAGAUGCUUCAUCCAUCCCACUUCAAACGGCACCUGACACCAAAAGUGAGCCUCCUCAAAAGAAGCGUGCUGAAGAUCAGAUCGCAGAAGAUGAACACAUCCUCCUCAGGGUCCACGUUCUGGAAGACUCUCAUAUUACUGUCCUGUCACAUUCAGUGUUGAAGAAGUACAAGCAUAAAAAGCUCAAGUGUCCACGUGGGAUGCAGGAAGCAGAGUUCCUGAAGCUGCUGAGGUCCACCUUCCCCCAGCUGGCUGCAGAUAGGCCGUUUGACUAUUUUAUGACCAACUUAACCAAGAAGUUGUUGCCUCUGAAUCUGGAGUCCAUCACACCAGAACAAAUCUGCAGUGCUGCUGGGAGUUCUUCCCUCUAUAUCAGACUGAAGCCUGUAGAGGAAGAGGUCCAGGCCAGCCAAAAAAAUCCAAAGCAGAGAAAGGCUGUUGAUCACAAAGAUGAUAAAAACAGCUCUUCAUCCACCACAAAACAAACCAUGCCAAAAAAACAAAAUGCGUCUCCACACAAAGAAUGGGUCAGAGAAACAGACACCCACAUAAAUCUCAGGAUUCACCUCCUGGAGGACUCUAAGAUCAAAGCAGUCACACCAGACGUGUUAAAGAAGUAUAAGCUUCAUAAACUCCAGUGUCCUCGUGGAAUGAAAGAGGCUGAUUUCCUAAGACUGCUGAAGUCCACACUCCCUAAGCUGGCUGCACAAACAUACUUUGAGACCUUUAAAAGUGACCAACAAAGGAAGCUGCUGCCUCUGAACGUAAAGUCCUUCACUCCUGAAAUGCUCAGUGCAGCAGCUGGGAAUUCUGCCCUCUACAUCCGGCUGAAGCAUCCAAUGAAUCUCAAAAACAGAACUCAAGUGACUCUGCAAAAAACUCAGGGUGAUGCACAUCCAUCCUCCCCACAUCCAGCUACACCCAAACCAGAAAACGAAAGCCCCAGCCGUAAUCGGGUCGAUGACAAAGACCCCCACAUAAAUCUCAGCAUCUGCUUCCUGGAGGACUCCCAUGUUGAUGUGCUCGCCCCACCGGGUGAACCUGCAGCCCCCAGCUCUUCGAAUGGCAACCCAAACCUCUUUUUUAACAAGUAUCCAAUCCAUGAGCUGAAGUGUCCUCGAGGCCUGCAGGAGACGGACUUCCUGGACCUGCUGAAGUCCACUUUUCCUCAGCUGGCUGAUGGUCAGCCUCUCACGGUUUUAGCUCUUCAAGGCAGGAAAAUGAUACCGCUGAAAGUAGACAGCGUCAUCCCAGAGGAGAUCAGUAGGGCCAGCAACUCUGUUAGGAGUCCGGUUAUCUGCAUUCAGCUGACAAAGAAGCCUCUUCAGAAAGAAGGUUCUGAUCCUGCAGAUCUUCCCACCACUACACAUCCAAGCACUCCGGACACCAGCAUUCAGUCACCCAGCAGGACCUCUGGCGGACCUCCAAACUGUGAACUAGACAACCUGCUAGAUCUUAGGUUCUGCAUCUUGGAUGACCUGAGUAUAGAUGUUCUCUCCCCUCUGGCGUUGCAGAAAUACCCCAUCGUUGAGUUUCAGUGUCCCGGUAACCUGCAGAAAGCUGAGUUUCUCAACUUGUUGAGGUCCACCUUCCCUCAGCUGGCUGGAGAAGAGUUCGAAUUCCUCACCGGUCACGGCAAAAACAUGAGGCCUAUUAAUCUGGAGAAUCUGACAUCAGAUGAGUUCAGCAGAACCCUACGAUUAGCCGGGAGUUCUGUCCUCUACAUCCGACUGAAGGAACUACGUAAAGUCCAGGCCAGUGUGAAACGGACGCGCCCUGAUGUUUCUGAUCGAAGCGCAGUUUACCCAAGCAAACGUGUAAAAAAACGAAGAAAAAGAGCAAAAGUCCAGUCCAGCAAAUCUCACAGAGAUGAAGAAAGUGAGAAUGACGAAACAGAAGACAGUGAGGAUGACAACGAGCAGAAAAAUUCAAAGUCCGCCAAACUCUUUGGUCUGGAGUCUCUGAUGCCUAAGUACAAGGCAAGAAGUGAGCUUUUGAAUUUGACGGAUGAAAGUUCAGAUGCAACGGCGAACAUCCAAAUAGAUGAUGAGACGGAUGACAGUGAAGAUGAAAAUUACUACAAAAAUCCACAGCUUUCCAGGCUUUCAUUUCUGCAGUCACACGUUCCUGGUUAUAGUCCAGAGCAAAACACUGAGACUGAACCUGUGAAGAAGAUGAAAGAGGAACAAUCCAGUACAAAGAUUGGCGGCCAGGCAGAGGAUGAGGAAACGGAGGACAGCGAGGAUUACAACGAACAUGAAAACCUAGAGUCUUCCCGGCUGUUGUCUUUUCCCACCAAGAGAUCCGGCGAUAACACAAAGCAAAACACAAUCAAAGAACAUGUGGAGAAGAAAGAAGUCAAACAUGCAGCUGUAACGCAUGGCUUUAAGAUUGAACAGGUGAAAAUAGUUGAUUGUGAGGAUCGAGAUGAUGAUAAAAAGGCAGAGUCCACCAGACUCUCAUCCCUGCAGCCUCAAAUAUCUGGUCAGGUUCCAAAGCAAAGCAGCAGCACAGAAGAUGUGAUCGUGGUGGAGCAGAACGAAGACAUCGAUGCACCAAACAUUACGGCAAACAUCAAGAUAGAGGAGGUGGAAUUCAUUCAUAGUGAAGAUGACACAGGAGAGUCCUGCAGGACCUCGUCUCCGCAGCCUCAGACGUCUAGUGAAGAUUCAGAGCAACACAACAUCACAGACGCCUUCAAUGUGUUGGAGAAGAAAGAUCUCAACCAUUCAGAUGCAAACCUAAACAGCAAGUUGGGAAUAUCUACUACCACUAAUAAGAACAUGCUGACCUGUAAAGUAUGCAAAGUUUUGCACUCGUCAAAGAGAAUACUGGCCAGACAUGCGUGGAGGCAUGUAGAUGACCAGAGCAGGCUUUGCGGAGUGUGUGGGAGGCAGUUUAACUCGGCUAGUGCAAUAAGGUAUCACCUUGAGACUUACCAGAAAACCCACAAAUGCAAGAUCUGUGACAAAACGCUCCUCUCCCUCCAAGGCUUCAAGGGACACAUGAAUCGACACAAAGGCAACGAGGGCCAGCAUCAGCAUCCAGAGCCUGCGCAGGAGUAACCAGAAGAUGAAGACCUGGAGGCAGGACCUCAACCUGAGCCUGAACCAGAACAGCGCAGCGGCUGAAGUCUGGGUUGGAAGGGUGAGAGGUGGGACCUUCCAGUCCGUUUAACCACCCCCACACUGCGAUACGUCAACGUUUCAUCACUCUUUAUGUUCCUUCAGCCACGUUUUAUUGUUGAUGCUACAGAAAAGCAACUUCUCAGGCUGAAUUGGGUUUCUAGAGUUCUGGUUCAGUCCAUGGUCCGAGCAGUCCUUCAGUUUAAUUUCCACGCUAGAUGAGCUGAUUAGCCGGCUGACGUUCUAAACAUGAGAACGUCUUUUCUUCUGGGCGGUUUGGGUCCUCGUAUUCCUGUUGGAUGUGAUUUAUAUUUCUGUUUUAUAUUCGAAGGUCUCUGUUUGUCUGUAAUGGGGGUUCUGCUCUUCUCUGACGUGUCAAACCGUGUCCAACAUUAAAGAUUUUACUUUAAAAGCUCUACUUAUGUUUAUGUCUGCCUUUCUGAGUCGUUCCGAGAUGUUUUUCUCCUCCUGGGAGUUCCUGAUAGUUAAGACGUUUUUUUUAACAAAAAGCGUAGAAACUGUUUUAUUUGAAUGUUCCUGGGCUUGGAUUUAGUCCAUUAUAUUCAGUUUUUAAAGAAUGUUUUUAGGUUUAAUGCUGAUACAUUUCUAGAAACCAGGACUGUUUUAAGUACCACGCUGCUGUUUGAAAGCUGAUGUCAAAUGUUUGUUCUGGAUGUUGGUAUUGAAACAUUCUCCAGUUGUUCUAAUGUUAAUAUUUUAAAUAAAUUCUCAAGUUUUUUAUAAAUCUAA